AUGGGGUUCUGGUUGCGUGAUCAGUUCCAUACGUUACUAGCCCUUUCCUUUCGCCAGUUGGUUUUGGUGUUGGUACUGGGCGAGGCGCUCUUUGCUUUGUUGUUGGCUACUACGCUUUACGUCAUGACCGGCGGCGACGUGCGUGGCUGUCUCGGCGGCAACGUUCAAGGGCUGGCCAACUACUACUACUUCGCCAUCGAGACCAUGUUCACAAUUGGCUUCGGCGCGCCGCGUCACCCCAGCUGCACCGCCGCCAAUGUCUGGGUCUCCGGUGCCGUCCUCUUCACGAACGUCGUCCACGGCAUUGUCAUUGGCAUCGUCUUUUCCAAAUUCUCUUCCGGCACUCCCCGCCGCUACGCCAUGGCCUUCAGCCCCAGCAUACUCGGCUGCCUGUCCGAAGAUCCUCGCCUCAACAGCCAAGACACAGCCAGAGGACGUGACUCUGCCGCCGGCCGAUUCUUCCAAGAUCAACACACCUACGACACGCAAGGCUACGAGGAACAAGGCCAUGAUGCAAAGUGCUACGGCCAAGGCAGAAUGCACCCGCUGGCACCCGCGGGAAAGCAGCCCGGACUGCCAGCACGCUCGCCAGCCUCCGAAUCGACCAAAGAUUGCACCACCAACGCCCGGGACCGCUCUUGGCGGCGGCUGUACAGCAACGUUUACUCAGGCAAUGGCGUGCUCAACGGGAGCGGUAUGUUCAGCGCCAGCGGUAUGUUCGGCGCCGACCGGGUCGACUACAACGCACGACUCCGGAAUCAGCUGGAGUCCCGUACUCAGCUGGAGUCACGUGCCUUCUUCGACCGCCGCGGCUACCGCUCACUGGGUGCAGUGUCGCUGGGCGCUAUUUCGUUGGACACCAGGAACACACAUACAAGGGAGGAGGGGAAAGCAUAUAACACACGGGAGAGGCAGCAGCGAAAAGGGUUUUCGCAAGAGGGCGGGCUGCAGGGAGCGUUGAUUGAUGACCAGGCCCGCGAAGACGAAGCGAGAGUGAGAAAAGCGAGGGAAGGGAGUGCGAGGGAUGAUGAACUGAGGGCAACGGCCGACUUUGGCAGCGGUCCCAUUGGAUCGGUAAGAGCCGAGACUCUCUGGCCUUCCGCGGAGGACAGGCUAAGCCAUUUGGAAGAGCUGCAAGGCGUGUUGGCGGUGUCGGAAGUGGACGAGGCUGAGGAGGCAGCUCUGUCGUUUACGGCGGGACCGAGUUGUGUCGGCAAUUUGCUGAACAGCCAUACCUUUGCAAGGGACUCUAGAGAGGCACAGGGCUUGGUGACCCCCGGUCUGGUGACGCCCAACAAUUAUCAGGUUGAGUACUUGGAUGGAAGUGGCUAUGGAGGUGAGGCAGGUAACUACGUGGCCGACGACCCGGAGGCAGGAGGUCGUCAUACAUCGGAAGACGAUUACGUGGCAAUUGAUGUGAAGUCACCGGAAAGUGGCUCUCCGUUGCAGAAGUUCGACGAGUGCAAUUUCUCGCUAUCAUUCCGUUUGAUGAACUUGACUCAGUGUGCGUUCUUCGACCCAAAGUUGACCAUCUUCCUCCUACGACAUGAACCGCAAGAUCUCGUCAUUACUCAACUGAUGCACUACUACACCGACCUACCUCUGCAGUUCUUAGAAUUGCCGGUCACCGUCACGAUUCACCAGUCCGAUCUUCGCGAGGCGCUGGGCCCCUCCUGCUUGUCCAGGUUGGUGAUGGAAGGUGAGAAAUAUGAACUCAUGGUCCUGUUGUCAUUCGUCGAUAACCAGUCCAGCCGUCUCCUAGAAGUCCGAAAGAGUUGGAGACUCUCGGAGACGCAGUGGGGGCACGCCUUCCAACGCAUCGUCAAGAAGGAAAGAAAACGAAACUGGCAAUACGAAGUGGAUGUUGAGUGUCUGGAUAAUAAAGUUGUAAUCAAUACACUCCCUGCCCGGAUGUAG